AUGAUUUAGCAAGAAACCACCACCGUCACCCAAGAACAAGGCAGGCAGCCCCCACCCAGGUGGGGCAGUUUUCAGGGUCCCCCACCACCACCACCACUCUCCUCAGCACCCCUUUUCCGUGAAGCCAUGCUGCCGGCCUGGGCGCUGCUUGCUUUCUGCAGCUUCGUAUUAAGCACCACACGGGAUGUGUCCCCAGGUAUUUGUUUUCAGACCUUUAACUUAGGUGUGAAGCCAGGAUUUCCUAAAACAAUUGAGACCAACAACCCAGGAGUCCUCAAAGCAGCCAGACACAGCGCUGAAAGGUUCAACAACUGCACGAAUGAUAUCUUCUUGUACAAGGAGUCCCAUGUCAGCAGAGCCCUGGUCCAGAUAGUGAAAGGGCUGAAAUACAUGCUGGAUGUGAAAAUUGGCAGAACUACUUGCAAGAAAACCAAGCACCCCAGUUUGGACAACUGUGACUUCCAGACCAACUACACCUUAAAGCAGAUUCUCAGCUGCUACUCUGAAGUCUGGGUCAUCCCCUGGCUCCAGAGGUUCGAGGUGUCUGUUCUGCAUUGUCACUGACUUCUGCCUCUCAGCA